AAAGAUGAAGCGGAAGGAGAUCAGUUCUGAUGCUGCUGAUGGAUCCACCACACAGGUGGAUGAUGAAGGCCGGCACGCCAACCUGACACCCGCAGGGAAGAGGAAGGUGCGGCAUGUGGCACACUCAGCGACGGAUGACUAUCAGCCCGGCUUCCUCUCGUCACUCCUGAGCGGCACGAGCGGAGAUGAGCCGCUGAAGAACAAAAAGAAGGCCAAAGAGCCCCGGGAUGCCGCAACCGGAGAGCAUGCAAUGAGUGCAGUGACGGCUCUGUUCGCACGCCCAUCCGCCCCCCUUCCCGCACCAAUUGCGCCGCCCACUGACUUACUAGGUGACUCACUCAAUCAGCCUGAGAAGCCGCCCGAGAAGAUCAUGAAGAAGAACGCGAAGAAGAAGCAGCAGAAGACAAAGGGUGAGGGUGGCAAGGGUGACGAUGACUCUGAGAGGGACUCAAGGACACUCUUCGUCGGCAAUGUGCCGCUCAAUGUCAAGAAAGACAAGGUGCUGGACGCUCUGGGUGUCGGAAAGCCGGAUGUUGAAUCGGUGAGAGUGACUUACGAGUGUGUUCACUCGAGCUCUGGGGUGUCUGUGACAUUCACUGUGUGGGUAUGCUAUGCUUGCCGUUUCAGCUUCGUUUUCGGUCGGUGCCUGUCUCCCCCAAGUGGAUGAACCAGAGGAAGGCGGGAGUUAUCAAGAAAGAAUAUGCGGUCACGGCACGUCGUGACACACACAAGGGGCCCGAACGAAAUUAUGCUUCCAAUUGCGUGUGUGUGUGUGUGUCUAUCAGGGUACGGCCGGCAGCCAGGUGGCGUAUGUUGUGUUCCGGGAGAAGGAGGGGCUUGAGGAGUUCCUGCAGCGUAGGGAUGACAUUGAGCUGAGCGGCCAUCUCCUGCGGCUCGACCGGGCAGACAGCGGCAGCGCAUUCAGCGUAGGAUAGCAACGACAGUGACAGAUGUGUCCACACGUAUGUAUCUAGAUGGUCUCUCCCCGUUCCCUUCUGUGUCGUGCUCACGCACGCAGAAAUUCGACCGGAAACGAAGUGUUUUUGUGGGCGGUCUGCCUCGUGAAGCGCAGGAGGAUGAUGUGCGUCAGCAUUUCUCCCAAGUUGGGCCUGUCAAGGGUGAGUGACGGACACGAGCAUGCCACGAAAGACAUGACAAUACGUGCUGCCUUUUGUGUCAUUUCAGCGGUUCGCAUCAUUCGCGACAAGGCGACCUUCAUGUGCAAGGGCAUUGGCUUUGUUCACUUCGCCGACCGAUCACACGUCGUCAAGGCCAUACAGCAGCUGCACCAACAGCCAUUCGGCCCAUUGGUGAGCUCUGGAAUACACCAGCCGCGUGUCAUCCUUCUCUGUGCGCUGCUCCUUCUCUGUGUCAUCCUUUCUUCAGGAGCGGCCACUGCGGGUGACGAAGGUCUUGACAGAGGAGGCGGCGAAAUUGCAGAAGGAGCAGACCAGCAUGAGGAAACCUGGCAAGAGGAAGGCGGCUCGUGCGGCCCCCAAAGUGCACCCAGCAGAGCGGCGCAUACAGAAGAAAUUGCCGGUCGGUGUGGGCAAGGUGGAGGGGAGGGAGGGCGCACGUGCAACCACGAUGAAAAAGGCUAGGAGUAUGAUGGAUCGCUGGAAGAAAAGGGCAAAGGGAAAGGGUUCUGUGAGGAAGCAAGCCAAGUGAGUGAGUGACUGAGUG